AUGAGAACCGAUAUGAGGGGAGACAUUCGAGGGGAUAUGAGGGGAGACAUUCGAGGAGAUAUGAGACCUGAUAUGAGGGGAGACAUUCGAGGAGAUAUGAGACCUGAUAUGAGGGGAGACAUUCGAGGGGAUAUGAGACCUGAUAUGAGGGGAGACAUUCGAGGGGAUAUGAGACCUGAUAUGAGGGGAGACAUUCGAGGGGAUAUGAGACCUGAUAUGAGGGGAGACAUUCGAGGAGAUAUGAGAACCGAUAUGAGGGGAGACAUUCGAGGAGAUAUGAGACCUGAUAUGAGGGGAGACAUUCGAGGAGAUAUGAGAACCGAUAUGAGGGGAGACAUUCGAGGGGAUAUGAGACCUGAUAUGAGGGGAGACAUUCGAGGGGAUAUGAGAGGGGGACCAGAUAUAAGACCGGACAUGAGGCCAGAUCACAUGAGACCAGAUAUGAUCAGGGGGCCGGACAGGGCUGAGUUCUCUCUCCUGCUCCCCCACGAAGCCUUGGGACACGGCGGCAUGGACCAGGACAAACCAGGCAACAGCCAUCACCCUGUGGGAGGAGAGAUACAGGAAGCAGAGAAACAGGACAGCAUUGACGGUAAGGAUCAACUACAAUAACAAACUCCUCCUUUCUACUAGCAUGGUCCCAGAACUGUUGGUCUUGUGUGACAGUGACCAUGGGAGUUGGCAACAACAGACAAACAGAUCUGGGACAAGGACAUCAAUUAUUUUAUUAGGUUUGUGUUGAUAUGGCAGCAGGUUAUUGAGGGAGUUUAUUUGCUUGUUUGUCCUCAGACGACGAUGACGCGAAGGCGGACGACGCUGUGUCGGUGGUGUCUGGCGGGGAGGAGUACGAGCCAAUCAGUGAUGACGAGCUGGAUGAGAUCUUGGCGGACAGUGCCCAGAAGAGAGAGGAUGGGCAGGAUGAUGAGAAGCCACCAGGUACAAUACUGAGAACACUACAGUCCUUCUGGUUUAGAACAGGACCACAGUCCUUCUGGUUUAGAACAGGACUACAGUCCUUCUGGUUUAGAACAGGACCACAGUCCUUCUGGUUUAGAACAGGACUACAGUCCUUCUGGUUUAGAACAGGACCACAGUCCUUCUGGUUUAGAACAGGACCACAGUCCUUCUGGUUUAGAACAGGACCACAGUCCUUCUGGUUUAGAACAGGACUACAGUCCUUCUGGUUUAGAACUACAGUCCUUCUGGUUUAGAACUACAGUUCUUCUGGUUUAGAACAGGACCACACAGUCCUUCUGGUUUAGAACAGGACUACACAGUCCUUCUGGUUUAGAACAGGACUACACAGUCCUUCUGGUUUAGAACAGGACUACACAGUCCAUCUGGUUUAGAACAGGACUACACAGUCCAUCUGGUUUAGAACAGGACUACACAGUCCAUCUGGUUUAGAACAGGACUACACAGUCCAUCUGGUUUAGAACAGGACUACACAGUCCUUCUGGUUUAGAACAGGACUACACAGUCCUUCUGGUUUAGAACAGGACCACACAGUCCUUCUGGUUUAGAACAGGACUCACAGUCCUUCUGGUUUAGAACAGGACUACACAGUCCUUCUGGUUUAGAACAGGACUACACUGUCCUUCUGGUUUAGAACAGGACCACACGGUGCUUCUGGUUUAGAACAGGACCACACAGUGCUUCUGGUUUAGAACAGGACCACAGUGCUUCUGGUUUAGAACAGGACCACAGUCCUUCUGGUUUAGAACAGGACUACAGUUCUUCUGGUUUAGAACAGGACUACAGUCCUUCUGGUUUAGAACAGGACUACAGUCCUUCUGGUUUAGAACAGGACUACAGUCCUUCUGGGUUAGAACAGGACUACAGUCCUUCUGGUUUAGAACAGGACUACAGUCCUUCUGGUUUAGAACAGGACCACACAGUGCUUCUGGUUUAGAACAGGACUACACAGUCCUUCUGGUUUAGAACUACAGUCCUUCUGGUUUAGAACAGGACUACAGUUCUUCUGGUUUAGAACAGGACCACACAGUCUUUCUGGUUUGCCUGCAGGGUUGCCAAGUCAUGCUAAAACUUCUGGCCCAAUGGCUCCUCCAAACCAGCCCAAUAUCAUACACCUGGCAACCCUGUCUAGUCUGCAGUUGGCGACUGGUAAAAGACAAACUGUUGUGGUUUUGUUAUUGUGAACUAAAUCGUUGUUUGAUUAUUGUGGUCUAAGUCCUUCAUAUGUGCUGUGUUUCUCCAGGUCCCCUGGACGUGAUUGAUGUGGACUGGUCCAGCCUGAUGCCCAAGCAGAAGCAGGAGCCCCGGGCAGCAGGGGCAGCUCUGCUCCGGUUCACCCCAGGGGCGGUGCUCCUCAGGGCGGGCGUCUCCAAGCGGCUGGCUGGGCCCGAGCUCCUGGAGAGGGUCAGGGAGGUCUGCAAGAAGGAGCUGGAUGAUCCUAAAGGUGAGUGGAGGAGAUAUUAGUACUAUUACAUACCGUGUACUCAUCGACUUUCUCCUACUGGAUUUUAUAACCAUGCAUGAUAUGACAACAAAAUUUUAAGAGCUUGUCUACUUACAAAAAGUUUUAGAAAAAGCUGUCCUAUCACUGUAAACAUCCCGUGGUUAACCCCUCUUGUCCCGUCAUCAUGUAAACAUCCCGUGGUCAACCCACUCCCGUCCUCCUCACUGUAAAACCCCCUAGUCUAACCCGCUCUCUGUCCAUCUCCUGUAAACACCAGUGAGUCUAACCCCGCUCUCGUCCGUCAUCACUGAAAAACCCCCGGGGUCUAACCCAGCCCUUUCCCUCCAUCUCAUUAAACAUCCAGUGGGUCAACCCCCGUCUCCGUCCAGUCAACUGUAAACAUCCAGGAGUCUAACCCGCUCCUUUUCCGUCAUACUUAAAAAUCCAUGAGUCUAACCCCCCUUUUCCAUAUCACUGUAAAAAUCCGGGUCUAACCCACUCUCUGUCCUAUCAUGUAAAAAUCCCGGAGUCUAACCCCCUCCUGUCCAGUCCACUGUAAAAAACAGGAGUCAACCAGCUCUCCGUCCAGUCAUCACUGUAAACACCUGGUCUAACCCCGUCUCUGUCCCGUACACUGUAAAAAUCCGUGAGUCUAACCCCCCCCUUUUGUCCAUCUCACUGUAAACAUCCAGUGAGACUAACCCAGCUCUCGUCCCGUCUCAACUGUAAAAACCCCCCGUGGUCUAACCCAGCUCUUGUCCAGUCAUCAUGUAAAAAUCCGUGAGUCUAACCCCGUCCUUUUCCCGAUCACUGUAAAAAUCCGGAGUCUAACCCCCUCUCUGCCCGUCUCACUGUAAACACCAGUGAUUAAAAACCCGCCUCUGUCCAUUCCUCCAGAUGCUGACAAGCUGUUUGAGCAUGACCUGGGUGCUCUGAACAAGGCAGCUCUGAACAGGAAGGUAGAGAGGGCAGGUCUGCUGAGGAACCUGGGCCCCUGCUGUAAGGCCCUCUGCGCCCGCAGGGACAUGGCCAUCAGACGGCAGCUCUCAAGAAUGAAAAGGUGA